AGAACGAGGCGGAGGCGGAGUUUACCCAAACGCCGUCGGUAUAACUGCUCGGUCCGGUUUGUCGAGCCCUGCAGCAGAUGCGCCGUCCAGGCUGGUUUAAGUCCGCUAAGACGCCACUAGUCCAAUUAACCGAGAGGAGGCGGAAAGCCACGCAUGUUGGGGCCAUUAAACUCAAACCCGCCGCUCCUCGAGCUCGACGAUGGAUAUGCGCGCGGUUCCGGCUCCUAUGAUGACGACCUGACACCGCGCCAUCAAUAAACAACCAGAAGAGACUGGGUAUCAUUAGUUGGGGAGGAGGAGGAGGAUGAGGAGGGGGGGAAGAAGAGAUGCUGGUGUAUUUUGAGCGGCGGUAAAUGAGUGAGAUUUGUAGAUAAAGCCUCGUUAAGCUCCUGGAAGAGUCGCGUGUUUACAGGCCCGGCUGAGCGCGCGUCAUUUUGACGACGGCGGCGGAGUUUCCUCUAGCUGUGUGAGUGUGUGUGUGAGUGUGUGUGUGAGUGUGUGUGAGAGUGUGUGUGUGAGUGUGUGUGUUUUUUUGUGUGUUUGGUGGAAAGGUGGAUCGUUAACAUGGAAACAUACACUGAUGUGCUGCUGGUCACCGCAAACGUCGGCUCACUGUUUGACAAUGAGCAUUGAGUCCAGUGAGGAAAUGAAAGACUACAACAGGGUCUGCAUCUAUGUGGACAACCAGUUCCAAGCAGAAGACAGCUUCACAGCUUUGGGGAGCAUGUACUUCAUCCACAAGACUCUGAAAAACAUCUAUCAGUAUGAUUUUAAUGUUAAGGAUUUCAAAGCAGUGUCAGGACAGAACAAGAACGUGGGCUCUCUGGAUGGGGUCACCACAGUGGAGAAAGAAAAAUUCCCAAAGAAUUUCUGGCCUGAUUUCAAGUGGUCCAGAAAGGGCUUCAUGAGGACCCGCUGGAUCAUACACAACCAAGGUCUGGACCUGGUCAAUGUCCACCUGUUCCAUGAUGCCUCCAACCUCAUUGCCUGCAACUCCAGUCCUUCCAUUUACUCAGCCAACCGCAAAAACGCUCUCAGAUAUGUCAUCAACAGGAUAUCAGACAGCUGCUACACUCCUCUGCCUUUCUUCCUGUUUGGAGAUUUCAACUUCCGUUUGGACACACUCAGUCUGGUCCAGCAUCUGUCCACCUCGGCAGAUGUGCAGACGGUGAAGAAGGACUGCAGCAACGAAGUGGAGAAAAUCAUCUGUGAAGAAAAAGACAACGACCACCAGGUGCUGCUCCACAUUGAGGAGAAGCUGUUCACCUACCUGCACCAGGCGGUUUUCAGGGAGGAUAACGGCAGAGCACUUUUGAAAUAUGACAAAGAAGCAGCAGCCUUUCAGGAUGUUAUUAGGGAAGAGGACAUCACGUUUCCACCCAGCUACCCCUACAGUGAAGAGUACACUAAACCGACCCAGUACAUGAACACUCGCUGCCCUGCCUGGUGUGAUCGUAUCCUCAUGUCACACACUGCCCAAGAAUUCAUCCACACG